AUGGCGGGCCCGGAGGGAGGGGCGGCGCCAGAGGUCCCUGGCACCCCGAGCACGGUGGCGCAGCGGGCCAGCAAGAACGCCUCCCCGCUGGCGGCCACCCUCCAGCCCCAGUCGCGCCGCGCUUCUGGCGCGCGGCUGGGCAGCAGGCCUGGGCGGCCCAGCGCGGCGCCCGGCUCGCCCAGUUCGCUCGACUCCGACGGCGGCGCGCGCGGCGGGCUGGAGCUCCUGGGCGGCAAGCCGCGGGCGCAGGCCGCCUCGGCCCUGGAGCAGGCAGGCUCGCCGCCUCUGAGCUCCGUGAGCACCUCGGCCGGCCUGACGCCGAGCCCCGAGGGCCGGGGGAAGGCCGCCCGAGCGCGGCAGGGCGCGAGGCGCUCGCCCGGGCGGGCAGGCCUCGCCUCCACGUCCGAGGCGCUGGCCCAGAGCAAGAAGGUCUUCGUGGGCGGCGUCCCUCAGGAGAUGAGCCAGGAGGAGCUCCAGAGCGUCUUCAGUAGCUACUGGGUGAAGACGGCGUGGCUGCAGCAGUGCCGAGUCGGCACCGGCGGCGGCGCCACGGGCCCUCAGCGGAAGCACCGCGGGUUUGGGUUCGUCGUCUUCUACGACGGCGAUGCGGUAGAGCAGAUCAUCGGAAGCGGUGACUCGAAGUUUAUCCCUGGAUGGUAA